AUGAAUCCGAUUGUAGGCAGUUUGUCGGUGCUUUGCUUGGUGUUGUCGGUCAGCGGUGCUUCUGUCGAAAGCACAACGAAUGCAGCUGCUGUGAACGUGCAGUUGCUUGAAGGCAUUAUUAAAAGACUGAACGACACGCUGAAUGUCUUGCUCUCCAUGUCCGAAUCAGAAGAAACAACACUCCCGACUGUCGUCAAUGAAAUCUACGACCACGUGAAGGCAUCAAAGCUUUGUGAUCAGCGCGAAGGGAACAGUGCUUCCGUUUCGUCGGACUCGUCGGAGAGAGGGAACACACAUCAGGAUUUCUUCUCGGAGUACAUCAAGGAUUUCCUUGUGCAAUGGAUUGGCAAAUCCGAGAUCACUAGGACUCAACACCCCCAAGAAAACAAGACCCACGCAGCCUACCAGGCUCCAAGUCCUACAUCUACCGAACCGUCCGCCGUAAUUCCCUUCUAAACUUCUAGCGCCGGGGAUGGCGACGCAAAUUCAUGAUAAGCGGCGAACGUCAUAUACGAUUAUGAUUUGCCAGGCGAAUUUUCAGACUCCCGAAUCAGUUAAAGAGGCUUAUUGUUCGCGUAAUAACUGUUAUCACGUUUCACGGUGCAAAAGAUAUCGAACCUUACUUCUGCCGUCGCCAGAAUGUUAUUCAACUGCCGGAAAUCCACGACCCUGACAACAAAAUGGCAUUAUUGGCUGAUAAGAGGUCCGAUGGCAUCUACUACCGUGACGACAAUGAACAAUCGAUCAUUAUUCUAGACGAAUUACUGUCUGAUCUUACUAGUGUGAUACUCGACUACAAUGAAAUGAUAAUAUGAUAUAAUGUUCGCCAAUUUUGAACCGAAUAAAACGCGAAUUUCGCUU